GUGACUCUUAUUCGUUGAUUAUUCUCUACUAAUCAUAAAGACAUCGGCACCCUAUAUCUAAUCUUCGGGGCCUGAGCAGGAAUAGUGGGAACCGCUUUAAGCAUCCUAAUUCGAGCAGAACUAAGUCAACCAGGCACUUUACUAGGAGAUGACCAAAUUUUUAACGUCAUCGUAACCGCCCACGCGUUUGUCAUAAUUUUCUUUAUAGUCAUGCCAAUUAUAAUUGGAGGCUUCGGAAACUGACUAGUGCCAUUAAUACUUAGCGCCCCUGAUAUAGCCUUCCCUCGUAUAAACAAUAUAAGUUUUUGACUACUCCCACCCUCAUUGCUUUUACUCUUAGCUUCUGCAGGAGUUGAAGCUGGGGCUGGAACAGGAUGAUCCGUAUACCCACCUCUAGCAGGAAACUUAGCCCACACAGGAGCCUCUGUUGAUUUAACAAUUUUCUCUCUUCAUCUAGCCGGAGUCUCAUCAAUUCUAGGAGCAGUCAAUUUUAUUACAACAAUUUUUAAUAUGAAGCCCCCAACUAUAACACAAUAUCAAACUCCUUUAUUUGUUUGAUCCGUUUUAAUUACUGCAGUCCUUCUUCUCCUAUCACUUCCUGUACUCGCAGCCGCUAUCACUAUACUUUUAACAGAUCGUAAUUUAAAUACAUCCUUCUUCGAUCCUGCAGGUGGUGGAGACCCAAUUCUGUACCAACACCUAUUUUGAUUCUUUGGGCACCCUGAAGUCUAUAUUCUAAUUCUACCAGGCUUUGGAAUUAUUUCUCAUGUAGUUGCUUAUUAUGCUGGUAAAAAAGAACCAUUUGGAUACAUAGGGAUAGUCUGAGCAAUAAUGGCUAUCGGACUAUUAGGAUUUAUUGUUUGAGCCCAUCACAUAUUUACAGUAGGAAUAGAUGUUGAUACACGAGCCUACUUUACAUCAGCCACAAUAAUUAUUGCUAUUCCAACAGGAGUUAAAGUUUUUAGCUGAUUAGCUACCCUCCACGGUGGAAAAAUCGUAUGACAUACCCCAAUACUAUGAGCCUUAGGCUUUAUUUUCUUAUUUACUGUAGGAGGACUUACUGGAAUUGUUCUAUCCAACUCAUCACUAGAUAUUAUCCUUCAUGACACUUACUAUGUAGUAGCCCACUUCCAUUAUGUACUAUCUAUAGGAGCUGUUUUCGCAAUUAUAGCUGGUUUUGUUCACUGAUUCCCGUUAUUCACAGGAUAUACACUUAACGAAACUUGAUCAAAAGCACACUUUGUAAUUAUAUUCACUGGUGUAAAUCUUACAUUCUUCCCCCAACAUUUCCUAGGUUUAGCUGGCAUACCACGACGCUAUUCAGACUACCCAGAUGCCUAUACUACAUGAAAUGUCGUCUCCUCAAUUGGAUCAACAAUCUCUUUAAUCGCUGUUAUACUAUUUAUAUUUAUCUUAUGAGAAGCUUUCUCUGCUAAACGUAAAGCCAUUGCUACAGACCUUCUUAAUACAAACAUUGAGUGACUUCACGGCUGCCCACCACCUUAUCACACUUAUGAAGAACCAGCCUAUGUUCAAACUAAUUUCAAGAAAAGA